CUGUCAGUUCAGUCCUGUGGUAGCUAGUGUAGCUGUGUAGCUCUGCUCUGGUCAGCUGUAUUAAAUGGCUCUACUAAUUAGGAUUACAUAAACAUGGUGGAUCUUUAUGCAAAGCCCCGGCAUGGGUAUCAGACCCGGGGGGGCUUGGCUCUACCAAUUGCAAACCAGGUUGACAAUGAGAGUGCCCAGAACGCUGUGUACGUCAAUGUAGCGGAGCUCCACAGAAACGUCUCUGAGUCCCCUCCCUCGGCCUCCUCCCCUCCCUGCUCUCCUCCUUACCUGGACUCUGAGGGAUGGGAGGUGCACACUGACCAGGAGAGUGGACAGGAGUACUACUACCACCCUGAAUCGGGGCAGACCACCUGGGACAACCCCCACAUAGACCCUGAGGCUCUCGCUGAGGAGCCUGUGUGUUCGUCUCCCUCGCCCUCCUCUCAGUCCCCCACUUCCACCUCUGUCUCCCCCCCUGCAUGGACCGCUGACUGGGAGCAGUGUUUGGAUGUGACUAGCGGCCGCCAGUACUUCUACAACCCAGUAUCGGGGGACACGUCUUGGGAGCCCCCAGAGCCACAGUGCCCCUAUCCCCCUCUGAUGGAGCCGCUGAGUGGGCACAGCUCUCUGGAGGAAGGGCCGCCUCCCCUGCCUGAGGAGGACUACCCAGCCGAGGCUGACCUACCUGAAUCCCUUGAAGAGAAGCCAUUGGCUUUGUCCCCAGUGGACCCUCACUCCUUCCAUAAUGACUACAACCCCAGCCAUGUGAUCCAGGCGGUCAUCCCCAGGGCCAGCAUGGACAGGAGCGCCCCAACUGGCUGGAACCUCAAUGUAGACCCUGAUGGAACAUGGGUGUUCUCCAGCAAACACUCACCUGAGCAGUGGAUCAAAUCAUUGGACGACAGAGGACAGACGUACUACUACCUGAGAGACGGCUCCAGAUCCCAGUGGAACCUGCCUGAGGCGCCUGUAGCAUCAGGCCAGUCUAAGGUGGGAAACGGUGUUGCGCUGGACGGGGGGUCUCUAUCUAUGAAGAACUGGAGACACACCAUGGGUCCAGCUCACUUCAGCUCAACCAUGGAGGAAAGGAAGUUCUUCCCGAAUCACAGAAGAAAUGCCUCGGACUACGGCAGCGAGGGUUCCAGUGCAGACAACUCUCCAGAGAUGGGGCAGCAUCACGUACAGAGUUUAGAAAAAGCUGGAAUUCUCAACAAAACUAAAGUGUCAGAGAACGGGAAAAGAGUAAGGAAAAACUGGGCCCAGUCAUGGACGGUUCUUCACGGAGGGGUUCUGACCUUCCACAAAGACCCCAAGUCUGCAGCCACAGGAGCCUCGAACAAGACCAAUCAGAUCACACCAGAGGUCACAGUGGAGCUACGAGGUGCAACGAUUGGCUGGGCUCCCAGGGAUAAAUCCAGCAAAAAGAACGUUGUAGAGUUGAAAAACAAAAAUGGUGUUGAGUUUCUGAUACAGUACGACACUGAGAGUAUCAUCAACGACUGGCACAAAGUUCUAGUCGACACCAUUCGACAGCUGGACCAGGAUCACCACCAAUCUGAGGAGGAGGACGGGGACAUCAGUGAGAAGUCCUCCGGUACAGACAGAGAUGACAGGUCACCAGGCACCCUGGACAAGAGGAGGAUGUCUUCCAGACCGAGCACGGCCACCUCCUCUGGGGGAGAGACAGAUCAGAAGAAGGUUCGUACCAAGCUGAUCAAUUUCCUCCUGAAACGACCCACGCUGCAGUCCGUCAAGGAGAAGGGUUACAUCCGAGACAAUGUGUUUGGCUGUCAUCUGGCUGCACUGUGUGCCCAGGAGAAAACUACUAUCCCAAGCUUUGUGGAGAAAUGUAUCCGAGCAGUGGAAAAGAGAGGUCUGGACAUGGAUGGACUCUACAGAGUCAGUGGGAACCUAGCUGUCAUUCAGAAACUACGCUUCAAGGCAGAUCAUGAGGAACUGGACCUGGAGGAUGGCCAGUGGGAGGACAUCCACGUCAUCACUGGGGCUCUGAAGCUUUUCUUCAGGGAGCUUCCUGAACCCCUCUUCCCCUUCAGCCACUUCAGCCACUUCAUCCAGGCCAUAAGAACUGUUGAUUACACCCUCAAAGUGUCUUACAUGCGAGAGCUGGUGGAGUCUCUCCCUCGGCCAAACCAUUACACCAUGGAACUCCUCUUCAGCCAUUUACGCAAAGUGAUAAACUAUGGAGAAGAGAACCGUAUGACUGUGCAGAACGUGGCUAUCGUCUUUGGUCCCACGCUGCUCCGGCCAGAGAUGGAGUCAGCCAACAUCGCCAUGCACAUGGUUUUCCAGAACCAGAUAGUGGAGCUAGUCCUGAACGAAUACGAAUACAUCUUCCAUUCCAGUUGAAACAAUCAUAAGCCUCUGUCAGUCAGAGGUCAGUGGUCAAUUUAAGUAAUAUUGCAGUAGGAGAAAAACCACACACUCACCACCAGACAGAGGGUGCAUCCAAAUAGUCUCUCUUUCUUUCUGAAGUGUGCACUCAUUCACUAUUCCCCACAAAUUUAAAAGCAUUGGAUUGGUGUAGGCAUGGGCUAGAGGGAGUUUACAUAUAGGCCUAACAGUCAUGUCCUUUCAAAUCAUGAAGGGAAGUGAACAAGUGCACACUUCAGGAGAAAGGAAAGAUUAUUGGGAAGCAGCCAUAGAGGAGCUGCUUGCAUUAGGCCUAGUUGAAAGCAAUGUCAAAUAUUUGCACUGCAUUUAUUCUAAUAUCUUAGUUGGAUAAUCAUUUGCCAAUUCAGAUUGUUCUCUGAAUUUCUACCACUUCACUGCAUUCCUUAUUAUGUAAAAUAACACACACCCUUAUGUCAUCACUUAUGUCAAGUAUCAAAACAUUUGUUGUUGCUAUAGGCCUACUUUGAAAUCUUCCUUUCAUGUAAAAAAAUUUAAUUCACAAUAACAUGAUUUUAUCUUAACACCCCAAUUCUCAAGGCAACCUGAAGAUGCUUUGAUACUUUGUUUUUACACACGACCAAACAAACCCUUUUAGAGGCAUUUUAAAGAUGAAAUCAAAAUGUUUAAAAGUUACUGAAAUGUUUAUCUGAGGUUACUGUAUAUCAUGUUUCUGAAUAGCCUAGAAGUCCUGUGUUAUGCUAAUAAUGUCUUAUUCAGUCAAUGUACAUUAUGUAACUGUAAUAUAGAAAUAUAUCAAAUAUGUACUACCCACAACCUGCUAUGAAUUAGACACCAACUUCCCUUGUACAGCUUCUCUAGAUUUUGUACUGGAUAAUCAGAUGCCACCCUUUUUAAAUAGGCACAUUUAGUAUUAAUUAAACAAAUCCUCAUUGUAAAUGAACACACAGAAUGAUAAUGACAUAUGGCUAUGCUAUUUCAUUAAGUUUGUUAGCAUUAAUAGAGUUGGAAAAGGCCAGACCUAAAUGAAUAGUUAGAAAGUUGUGAGAAGCAUAAUUUUUUUUCUUCUUCUGUACAUAGAAAUCAAUAGCAUAUUUAUGCUGUAAAUUACUGAAAAUGCACGUGUUCCUUUAAUAAAAUAACUUUGUAAAAACAUGUCAA